GUGCGCUGCGCUGGGUCUGGCCCGUCGGCUCCGAGUCCGCGCUGCCCCCGAGGCGAUGCUGCUGCCCCCGCUGCGGAGAGCGCUGCUGGGCGGCCCCCGCGCUGGGCUGCGAUGGCAACACCGUAUAGCUGUAGAGGUGACCAACGAACCCAUUCUGGAGUUCAAGCAGGGCAGCCCGGAAAGAGCAGCUCUUCAGAAGGCGCUAAACGAUCUGAAGGGCAAGACGGAGGCCAUCCCGUGCGUGGUGGGGGGAGAAGAGGUGUGGACGUCGGACGUCAGGUACCAGUUGUCGCCGUUCAAUCACUCACACAAGGUGGCCAAGUUCUGCUAUGCGGGCAAGGACUUGCUUAACAAAGCCAUCAAUGCCGCCAUGGCUGUGCGGAAGGAGUGGGACCUGAAACCUGUCCAGGAGAGGGCACAGAUCUUCUUCAAGGCGGCCGACUUGCUGAGCGGGCCAAGGCGAGCGGAAAUGCUGGCCAAAACCAUGAUUGGGCAGGGCAAAACCGUCAUGCAGGCGGAAAUCGACGCAGCUGCGGAGCUGAUCGAUUUCUUCCGAUUCAAUGCCAAGUAUGCGCUGGAGCUGGAGAACUCUCAGCCCAUCAGCGUCCCCAUCAGCACCAACAGCAUGGUCUACCGGGGGCUGGAGGGCUUUGUUGCAGCUGUUUCGCCCUUUAACUUCACUGCGAUUGGUGGGAACCUGGCAGGGGCUCCGGCUUUGAUGGGAAACGUGGUCCUGUGGAAACCCAGCGACGCCGCCAUGCUAUCCAGCUUCACCAUCUACAGGAUCCUCUUGGAAGCUGGUCUUCCUCCAAACGUCAUUCAGUUUGUCCCGGCUGACGGAGCUCUUUUUGGAGACACGGUCACAAGCUCUGAGCAUUUCUGCGGGCUCAACUUCACGGGCAGCGUGCCAACCUUCAAGCACCUUUGGAAGCAGGUGUCGGAGAACCUGGAUCGGUACCACACUUUCCCGCGCCUGGCAGGAGAGUGCGGUGGGAAGAACUUCCAUUUUGUGCAUAGCUCAGCCGACGUGCCCAGUGUGGUGAACGGGACCCUGCGCUCUGCCUUCGAGUACAGCGGCCAGAAAUGCUCGGCCUGCUCCCGCCUCUACGCCCCCGACUCGCUGUGGCCCCAGAUCAAAGCAAAACUGUUGGAGGAGCACGGGAAGAUCAAAGUGGGAGACCCUGCCCAGGAUUUCGCAACCUUUUUCUCAGCUGUGAUCGAUGACAAGUCUUUUGCACGUAUUAAGAAGUGGAUCCAACACGCCAAGACGUCGCCCAACCUCAGCAUCCUGGCGGGGGGGACAUGUGACGACACCGUUGGGUAUUUUGUCGAGCCGUGUAUCGUGGAGAGCAAAGACCCAAAGGACCCCAUCAUGGAAGAGGAAAUUUUUGGCCCAGUCCUGACUGUGUAUGUCUAUCCAGAAAAGCAGUACAAGGAAAUCCUACAGCUCAUAGACACCACGUCCCCCUAUGGCCUCACGGGGGCAGUGUUUGCCCAGGAUAAGAACGUCAUCCAGGAAGCGAGGACGCUUCUGAGGAAUGCAGCUGGCAACUUCUACAUUAACGAUAAGUCGACGGGUGCAAUUGUGGCCCAGCAGCCAUUUGGGGGCGCCCGUAUCUCAGGAACCAACGACAAACCGGGCAGCCCCUACUACCUCCUGCGCUGGACAUCUCCCCAGGCCAUCAAGGAGACACACGUGCCCCUCGGAGACUGGCAGUAUGCGUACAUGCAAUGAUCGCGGCCCAGCGCCUUCCAUGCUGGGAGAACACCCUCUUACUACUGACUCCCAACGCAGAGCGUAGUUGCUGAUCUCAUUGCCAAACUACGGCUCUAAUAGUAUUUAAAGCAUUUUGUUUUUUCAAACAAAAUUUAACAGACUGUUACCCAGCAACAAGAGCAGCCCUUGUGAUUUCUCAAGCCUGAUGUAGAGGAUUAGUCUAAAGCAGGGUUCUUCUGUAGGCUGCAGUUUGUUCACAGUCCUCUAGCAGGAGGAGGCUGCUCAUCAAGGAACCAGCGGCCUGCGAAACAGUAGAGGAGAAACGUUCUGGCAAGAAUUAGAUAACGGGGAUUCAUGCUGAUCUGUGCUAAACAAAUCCAUGAAGCUUGCCCUCCUACUCCACAUCCCAUAGAAUCAGAGGAACGUGCCAUGCCCGUGAAGAUGCUCUUGUCCAUUUCUCCCCAUACGUUGGUCUAUGCAUGAUUGUGGUUUUCCAUCUAGAUCUCAGGGGCAGAGUGUCUCCUGCUGCAGGUAUGAAGCCAGUGCCCAGUCUGCCAUUGGAGAGGGAACAAAUUGUUUUCUUUAAAGGGCUUGGCCAUACGGACACUUAUUUCUCCGCAAGCUGUGGUGUAAAUCUACCCUGCACAAGCCUGCUGGGCACUAAGAGUCUGGGUGAACCUUGCUGCUGCCUGCUAAAAAUUCCCUACUGUGCUUUAAUCUACUCCAAGUAGGGGUAGAUCUAAGCUCCGUAGGAAACUUUUAGUGCAUGGUAGCUUAUAGCAAGCUGGGAUGUAAAUCUAAGUGUUUGUGUGGACAAGCCGUGUGUUUUAUCAUCAAACAAACACUGUAGGUGAUGGAAUGCCUUGCAUAAACACUUCUGCUGUAAAAUCUUUGCAGAGUUUAGAGGGAAGAGGCAUUUAGGGAAAGUAAACACCCAUGUCCCUCUCUGCCAGAAUUGGGACCAGUUUUGCUUUCUCCCCCUGAGCUGAGCUUCCUGAAAUAAUUGAAGCAAGAGCUAUGUGACUUGUACUGGAGUAGAUAAUGGCAUUAACAGGAUGGGCUUCCCUCUGUUACUUUCAGAGCUGUAUUAUUUUCCAAACACUUGUUUUGUAACCUGGUCCAUGCAUUAAACUAAAAUCAUGCUUGUUAGUUAAGAAGUCCUAUUGCGGGGAGUGGGGGGAAAUGUAUGUGAACUCUGGCUUGAAUUGAUCCAGAGAGCUACACCCCUGGACUCUAGCUGUGCACUUUCCCAGAGUUCCUUUCUGUUAAGAUCAGAGGCUUUAGUUUGGCUUAGGCUCUAGUUUGAAUAGCAUAGUGACAGUCGCUCUAUUUUGCAUGUAGCACUGAGGGGAGGCUGGUAUUAUGCAUACCUCAUGGCUAUUUUGCUAUUAAACCCUUUGAUUUAAAAACUGAUUCAGUGCUAGGCACGUGUUUCACAUUAGUACAGUCACUAGCUGUGCUAAGCCAAGCCAAUGGCAGGGGUUAGCCAUAUAAAUACUGUUUUGCAACUGCAUCAGUAAUAGGCGCAUUAAGACUUUUUAGGUCUGCGAUUCACUAGCAGCUAUCCAGUUGGGCAGGCUACUCCCCGGUGAGGUUACCUGAAUGGAUCCAGAGCGCAUCUCCUUUUCCCUGGGGUGGGUCUCACGUUAGUAACAAGUGCGUGGCAGCAGGAAUCUUAUCGACUGCUCAGAGGAAAAGAGAUCUGAGCACAAUGGUCAGAGUCCAUUUUGCCUCUCUUGGCCUUAGCCGCUUGCCAUGUGUACAGUGAAUACCCCUGACUGUAUGUUCCUGUACAGCAUGGGUGACACACACCCACCUGUUCUGAGGCGCAAAACUGCUCUAAAUUGCAAAUGCUACUGCACUCUUAUGAGUAGGUUCUUACGACGUGUCCACUAAGCUCUCGUAUCCAACUUUCCACGUCCUGAUUGGACAGGACCGUCUAAGUUAGAAUGUUCCUUCAAUAGCCAGCUGUUAACGGUUGACAGUUCCACAGCCAGAAUUGUGAAACCGUAGAUGACUGACAGUACGGACGUUACUUGUCUGAGGUGGACAGUCAGUUCAAUGUUAACCUCUACUGUGCCUUGACUAGUAUUUAGCUUUCAGGUCAAGAACUGGCAACUGCCACUGAAGUUAAUAUCCACUUAUUGCAAAGGUCAAAUGCUGAAUCAUGAGACAGAAAAGCUGUUGCCAUAACUUAGUUACACAGACUUGUAUGCAUUUUAAAAGGUAACUCUUGAAGCAAAGUUUUAAUGACUGAUUCUACUAGCACUUUUUGGUUCUAACUGUGUAAGCUUGAAGGAGUCUUCUGUGUUAGAUUAAGUAUUUGAUUCAAAGAAACACAUUUCAGAUACUUAUUUACCUUUUAUCACUAUGUAACAUAAUACAAAAGUAAUAUUAGACAAGAUUAAUGUGUACCAGUAUGCACAAUAGCAAUAAGGUUUUGCAUAUUGAAAUAAAUCCGUAAUUUAUCCAGUAAAUACAAACAUUCAUGUGAUUGAUAGCUGAAGCUACUCUGUUUUAUAUAGGUUUGUGAGGUAAGUUUGCAUAAGGCUGCCGAUGAGAAUAAAUUUUCUUCCGCUGAUUCUGCAUUUAGUGCUUGUCUACACAGUACGGCCUACAGAGAUGUGAACUGUAGCACACACUAAAGUUUAGUGCUGUAAUUACCCCACGUAGAUCUUGCUAGCAUGAACUAAAAGAUACCCAGUUUGCGUUAGCUGAUUUAAAUGAGACUACACUGCUAUGAAGUAGGUACCUUUUAGUUUGUGGUAGCAGGGUCUGCUUACAGCAUAAAACUUCAGUGUGGGCUGCAGUUUGCGACCCUGCAGUCUGCACUGUGGGGUCAUGUAGACAAGUCCCUUUAGAGUAUGUCUACACUGCAGUUAGAUACCUGGGGCUGGCCUGUCAAGAGAUGAUGGACUAGGCCAUGCUAAUGCUGGAUCUGAGCCAAGAUCCAAGUUCAGGGCCUGUUUAAUUGUGGUGUAGACUUUUGGGUUUGGCCUGGGCCCAAUUAGACAGUGUCUGACCCCAAACCCUGGUCACCAACCACUAUUUUUUAAUUGCAGUGUAGACGUACCCUUAGUGCUGAGUGACUUGGGUAUCUGUCCUUCUAGCUCUUACCUCCUUCUCAGCUAUCCUCACCAGGUCCUCACUCCCUUCCUAGCAGCUCUCCCUCAAGUGCUCGCUAUAGACUCUACUACACCCUGUCUGUCUGCUUCAUGGCUUGUUCUAGCCCUCAUUUCUUGUUAAACUUAGAUCAAAACUGCUGCAUUAGCUCAGUAACUCCCUGCUGUCCCAGCCCUAUGGCUCCUAAUUCUACCACCUUCCUAUUGCCCUGGUGUAGUUUCCCUCAUUUUAUCCCAUUCCUUUCCACGUACACAUGGUGGAAUCUGGGAUAGGAGAUGACCUGGCUUUGUACCUCUUAAAAACCAGUGAGCUUUAAAAGACGAAAAGCUUUUAAGCAGGGAAUGACCCUCUUGGAAUAACAGGUGUUUCCUAGCAUAAGGAUGAAAUAAGCAGGAUCAGUGAGUCCAAAAGAACCACCCGAUCAUGUAAGAAAGCACCUGGGUUUGUUUUUAGUUGCAAACUCCAUCCUGUUUCAAACAACCCUGCCCCAGUUUGGAAGCCAGAUGAAACUCAUCAAGUUAGCUAACGUGCCACUUUGAUUUUUUGGCGGUUCAAAGGAACCUGCACUCAGAGACUCAAGUGGUGCAAAUCCCAUGGAUCAAAACCAAAGAGGUCACUUGCAUAAAACCCUGUGGAUGCAAACAGAGCCACUGCCACAAUAAGCGUCCUGUCCCCUGUGCAACUCGCGCUCCGGCCCAAUGUAUUGCCACAGUAGUGAUGGAGACAUGUGAAAAACAAUUGAGUUUUGUUUUGCUCCUUCCCAACUCUACACGAAUGUCUUUCUAAUAUUAGAAACUGCGGCUAAGAAUCCUUUGCUAUGUUUGCCACUCUGCCACACAACAAAGGGAAGUAAUAACGUCUUGUUUAAUUCUAUCCUCCAGUUUACCCAUUAACUCUACCUUCCCUCGCCAAACACUGGGCUUGCGUGAUCUGUAAUGGCAAAUCUCCACCUCCAAAAGCUGGGAAGGGAACCAGCAUUUUCAUACUCAUUAUAAGGAGCUGGGGCUCCCGUUGGUUGAUUUUUUUUCUUAGUAAUAAUUUGAAUGCUGUUGUCUACACAAGAAUGUGGUCUGUAUCCUGUUGAUGGCAUGUUAACAAAAUAGGUCUUACCUGAAAUGCACUGUACAGAGAGCAGGGUUGAUCAGACAGAAAGCUGAGUGGGUGACCAGGUUGUUCAUAGCGGAAGGACUUCAGUUUAACUAGGUCAGUGGUCUGGCUGAUCCAAACAGCUGUGAGUGUUUGCAGAUGAUUCACUGGUUGUGCUCGAGCUGGAUUGCUCUUUGCUGCAGCUCAACUCGGGCUGAAUGCUGCAAGAUAUUUUCGAAGUGAAAGGUCGCUGCUGCUGUCAUCUCACCUGCAUGGGAGAAUGUGUUGUGUUGAGGGAUGAGAGUAAUACUCAGGAUUGGGCAAGUACUGCUAAUAAAAGACUUGCAAAGCAUG